AUGGAGACCAUUCGGCGUAAUCGUCAUCGGGGCGACGUAGUGAGUGGGCUGGAAUUGAAGUGGAGGAUACCGGCGCAGGCUAGACGUGCUCGAUUGAGCCUUGCGCCGAGUACGAGUAGCGAACCUGCGGCUUUACUCUCUACAUUAGCCCAAGCUGCCGCCGACGAAGAGGUAGGCCCCAGCCAAAUUGUUGCUGAGGAGACGGCAGAUCUUAGUGACGUUGCUGCUAAUGAAACGGUAGCACUCGGAGAAGCUGGCGUUAGACGUGGUAGAGCUAGGCAUGGAAUUUCUUUAUUUGAUAACAUCGAGACAACGCACCUCUUAGUAGAAAACGCGAUAUCCAACCGCGUGCUGGCUUGUGGACCAGAUCCCUCAGAUAUAUGGGAUUUUGCACAUCGCACAUCUAAUGUAUCGCGCAAGCCGGAUUUACAAGAUCUGCCUGAGUCUAUAGUUAUCACACUCAAUGAUUUCAUGUUGGAUGCGCUUAGCCUCGGCAACGAGGAUUUGGAGGGAUACAGAUUGAAUGCGAUAAGAAGCUUGCGCACUAGUUUUUGGAUCUCUUUGGGUACAUCCGAUGAAGAACGCGAGAAAAAAUUAAACUAUCUGCUGGAGCAGAAAACUUUCUACUGCGUCCAAAUCAGGACCUGUAUCGCAGAAGCACUGUAA